UUUCUCUCCAGGCGGGGAAGAGGCGACGAAACUGAGGGCUGAGGGUGGAAGGCGGCGCGAAGAGGCUGUGCGCGGGACCCUUUUCAUGCGCGCUGUUGUCUCCCUGCCGCCGCCCUCGUCUCGUUGCCGCAGUACCUCCUCGCUUCCUUUUCAGUUCGGACUCGUCGCUCUGUUCCUUCUCUUUCUGCUUCGUGGCCGCGGUGUCGCCUGGUGUUUUCUGCCCUUCCUUUUCUUCGCGACAACAUGGGUAUCUCUCGUGACAGGCGGCACAAGCACCGCCGCACUGGUGGGCGGAUGCCUGUUCACCAGAAAAAGAGAAAGUUCGAACUCGGCAGGCCGCCCGCCAUGACCAAGUUGGGCCCGAAGCGUGUUCGCCCCGUCCGCUGCCGCGGAGGAAACAUGAAAUACCGUGCUCUCCGCCUCGACACUGGAAACUACUCCUGGUCGUCGCAGAAGAUCGCGAAAAAGACUCGUCUGUUGGGUGUCGUAUACAACGCCUCCAACAACGAACUUGUCCGCACGAACACCCUGGUGAAGAACUCUAUCGUCGCGAUUGACGCCACUCCCUUCAAGGCCUGGUUCCGCUCCUUCUACGGCUUGGACUUGGGAAAGAAGAAAGCCGGCCAGGAAGAAGAGGGCAGCAGGAAAGUCUCCAAGCACACUCUCUGCCUGCAGAACAAGCACCGCCAGCAGGGCGUGCCGAAGCUCGACCCCCUUCUUGAGGAACAGUUCAACACUGGACGCCUGCUUGCGUGCAUCAGUUCUCGCCCUGGCCAGUCCGGGCGCGCUGAUGGAUAUAUCCUCGAGGGUGAGGAGUUGAUGUUCUACAAGCGUAAGAUGGACAAGAAGAAGCACAAGUAAACGACGCAUUAACGAUAGGAAAGAACGCGAAACGGAAGACAGAUCUCCUGUACGGAAAGAAGAGGACGCCGGUGUAACAGUUGCAUCCGUUUCUUUGUACCGCAAAGAACUACUUUUUUCUGUCGUGGGGCAAAUUCUGUUUCUGCAUGCGUCUCCCCGCUUCUUGUCUCUGUCUGUUUUCUCUAGUCAUCCCCUCUGUGGCGGAACAACCACGAAAACUCUUAAUUUCUCUGUCGUCCGUACAAUCAUGUGAGGCGAGAGUCCUCCCAAGUCGGUCUCUCGACUGACAGCAUCCACAGCCUACUGACAGUGAUACAGUCACGCCGAACCUACCGUCUUAUUUCGCCAAGACAAAGAGGAGAAACGCGCAGUCCAGCGCUAUCUGGCUGAACUAAUGGUGGGUUGAUAGUUUUUUGUUGUCCCUUAAUAAUUUCGGAUCCCUAUCUGAGGUUUGACCUUUGAAUUCUCGAGCGUUAACCCGUAUCUAUAGUUACGGCCCCUUCGUGGUACCCCACAGGCACGCACGCAUCCAAUUCACGAAACUGUUGUGGACACAUUGGCAUUGGUGGAGACGAGAAGUCAACCGUGGAAAACAACGCAGGAGGCCAGCUGCUUUCGAGUUUGAUGCACACGAAGGUAGCAAGCUCUGCGAGUCUGACAAGGGAACAGUCACCAGCACGCAAAUAAACGUAUGUCCGUACAAAACUACGCAUCUAUGUAUUACGUAUAUAGAUGUGCCUGAACAGACCGGGACAGAGAACAAUGCCGAGCACCGUUCCAAAGACGCGCGCGUGGCCG